AUGAAGCCACCAGGUCUCAUGGCUGAAUCCCUUGAGACGUGGGGAGUGAAGAUUUCACAAGAUCAAGUAUAUAGGGAAAAGAGGAAGACCAUGGAUUUGAUUCAAGGAGCAGGUAUAAAUCAAUUUAACCAUUUAAGAAGUUAUUCUGAAGAGUUGUUAAAGUCAAAUUCUAGGAGCACUAUGUAUGUACAAUGUGUUGAGAGCAAAGAGAACCAUGUACUUGAAAGAAUUUAUAUAUGCUUGGAGACUUGCAAGGCAAGCUUUGCCAAGACAUGUAGGCCACUCAUUGGGUUGGAUGCUUGUUUUUUGAAGGGAGAGUAUGGUGGACAAUUAAUGUUUGCAGUAGAAAGGGAUAGUAACAACCAAAUCUUUAACGUUGCAUAUGCAGUGGUUGAAGCAGAGAGCAAAGAUUCAUGA